AUGCAAGACAAUAAUAAUUCACAUUGGAGUGAGGGUUUGAGAUUUGUGCAACUCAUGAAAAAUAGAGCUUUUCACGCUGGUAUUAAGCAAUCUCCUUAUGAGGCACUUUUUGGGUGUAAAGUAAAAGUUGGUUUACAGUUACCCAAUGAUUCCACGCAAAAUGUAGAAACUGAAGAAGAUUUGGAGAAAAUUAUACAGGACCUUACCAAAAAGGAAGAAGAUCCCGAAAUCACUGCAUGUGAAUUCUCUAAGGUGAACACGAAGACAAGUCAAGUUUCUAACAACGAUUAA